GUGGGCUAACAUUCUAUUGGGAUCCCCACGGUGGGCAUGUGGGGUGCUGUGGGCACCGUGGGGCUGGUGUGGGCCACCGACUGGCGGCUGAUUCUGGACUGGGUGCCAUACAUCAACGGCAAGUUUAAGAAGGACAGUUAAUUACACUGACCCUCUGCAGAUCCCUCUGGUGUCUGGUGGUGCAGGAUCCUCCCAUCUCAGUGCCUGCUGCAGCUAGAAUAGCCCAUGGCCUCAGGAUGGACAUCAUGAAUUCCACAGCACAACCUAAGACUUUCUGUGUUUCUGGAAAGAGUUCUGAUGUGUUCAUGCACAUAGCAUUAAACCUCACUCUGAAACCUGCCUCUCCCACCCCCCACCCGCCUGGAUAUUGAUCAUGCUGGUGACUCAGGUGACCUGGGGUCCUUUCAGCUCCAAAAUUUUGCAAAUCUAGGAGAGUUUUCUGAUGGCUGGCAGAAAUCGUUAAAUCAUUACUUAAAACUGUUUAACAGAUGUCACCUGCACAAUGUAUUUACUUAUUGCUGCCUUGGCAAGUUACCCCAUAACUUAGUGGCUUAAAACAACAAACAUUCAUGAUUUCACAGAUUCUGUGGGUCAAGGAUUUAGGAGUGACUUAUCUGGGCAAUUCUGACCCAGGGUCUCUCCGAAGUUGCAGUUAACACAUUGGCUCGGGCUGCCUCAUCUGACGGCUUAACCAGGGCUGGAGGAGCCACUUUCAAGCUGGCUGCGUGACAUGGCCAUUGGUGUGAGGCCUCAGCUACUUGCCAGGGGUGCCCCUCCAUAGCACUGUUUGAGCUGCCCACAAUAUGGCCACUGGCUUCCCCAGAGCAGGUGAUCCAAAAGAGAGCAAGGAGGAGCCACCGUGCUUUUAUGACCUUAACCUUCCCUAAGUCCAGUCCACACGCAGAAGGAAGAGAAUUAGGCUCUUUGUUUUGAAGGGAAGAAUAUCAGAGUUUGUAGACAUUUUAAACCAUCACAGGAGGGGCACAAAAAUGAACAGGUACAAAAGGGUAUAUUGUGCAAAGACACGCUCCCUCCCUGGUGCUCUGGCCCAGGUCUCUCCAGCUCUUGCCAGCUUGAAAAUUCUGGAAACAUUUAAGCAUAUAUAGGCAUAGUUGUGAAAAUAGUAUUGUGUUAUUCUUCCCAGGCUGCCAUAAAAAAAUGUCACAAAUUUUGCAUGGCUUAAAUACCAGAAACAUAUUCUCUUAGGAAGAAAGAAAAGUAACAAAACAAAAAUAAAUUUAUUCUGUCACACUC